GUUCCGGAAGUUGUCCGGGUCCGGGCGGAGUGGGCAGUGGAGCCGGGUCUAGGAGAGGCGGCGCCCGAGGCUGCUCUCCAGGAGCUCCGGCUUUCUAGCGGCGACACAACCCCGGAAGUGGGGUGGCGGGCUCCGGUGCUGUAGUGGCGGCAGACUGCGGCGCGAGCCUCAGAUAGCAGCAGUGGCAGCAGCAAUGUUUCACUUCUUCAGGAAGCCUUCAGAAUCUAAGAAACCCUCAGUUCCAGAGACAGAAGCAGAUGGAUUUGUCCUCUUAGGAGAUACAACAAAUGAACCAAGGGGUAAAACUUCAGAAGUGGAAGGCAGCCAACCUUUGGAGACUGGCAAAGAAAACUCAUCCAGUGUGACUGUGGCAGGCCCUGAGACGGAAAAUAAGGCAGGCCAAACUCUGGAGAGCAGCUCACUAAUGGCGGAGCUCCUGAGCGACGUACCCUUCACCUUGGCCCCACAUGUGCUGGCAGUGCAGGGCACCAUCAGCGACCUUCCUGACCACUUACUCUCGUAUGAUGUCAGCGAAAACUUAUCACGAUUUUGCCUUUUCUGCUCUUCCAUGUGUGCUAUCCAGCCAAAAGAACUUUUCCUGCUUCUGCCUCAGUUGGAAUUUGCUCUCUUACACAUAUGUUCCCUAUGAAGAGAUCCACAUUUCCUUUUCAACAUCUCUGCCUCCUGAAGAACAUCUCAUGAUGGUAUUUAAUAUUGCUGAUAACUUGCUUAUUUAGAAAUUUGUUGGCCAUGAUACAGAUGGAAAUAUUUUACUAUUAUAAAUACUGAACUCAGUUCUUACACCUAGGUAUGAAUUUCAGUUCUUGGGUAUCUGUCAUUUAUUCCAACUAAAACUGAAGAGAACUGCCAUUUGUCGAUAAAACAUAAAGGGAAGAGGUUAAUUUGAUAGUGAAUCUUCUAUGCCAUGGAAAAUUUAGGUCACAUUUAUUUUUAUUAGUAGCAAUAUGAUUUAUUAAUUCUGUGCCAAACUAUUAAAUAUAUUUUUUCACAAAGAUGGAGUGCUGUAGCAAAACUAAAGGUACAUGAAUUAUUCAGAUUUUAAUGUGUUAUGCAUGUUUGUUUAAUAAAUGUGGCCUGGUCUUGAUAAAAUGCUAUAUUAUUUAAAGAACAUUUCUAUUAACAAAAAUGUGCUUCAUUUGCAAAUGUUACCAUGUGAAGUUAAUGAUUAAAUUAGAUAUUUACAUAGCUUUAUAAAACAUCAGUCUAAGAGAUAUAACUUAUUACUGACAUAAAUGUGAACAUUUUGUAGCACUUUUUUUAAAGGCAUAUCCUUUUUAAAUCUCCAUGUUAAUGUACUCUUAAAACUAAAUGUAAUCAUGCAGUCAAUUAGUCUAAUAUAUGUGUUAACUCUUGUCUAAAAUAAUUAUACAUUUCACUUUAUUUAUGUCUACCAUGUAUGCUUUUAAUUACUUUCACUUGUCUA